AUGUAUCGCGAUAUCUCGAAUAUCCUAGCGACUGAGGCGGCCUGGUGCAGCACAUUCAGUUGCCUGGAAACAUCACAAACGAGAGUGAUUCAGCUGGGUCCCAGUGAAAUGCAACCGAACCAGAUGAUACCUGAAACAAUACACGGCAUAUUAGAACAAGCGACAAUACUAGACGGUGGCAAGGUAUUUUCGUCUGUCGAGCGGUUCCAGCAAUCAACUUGUCGGUCAGCAGCGCAACCUACGCGGUUUGUACGUCAACCACAAAGAAACGUAGAAAAACAGUUAGUGAAACCCCGCCCGCCUGGAUCCUUUGAUCACCGACUACACAAAGGCCAAGUCACAACAAUACUGCGCCAGCUCGAGAGCUUCAUUAAUCCGUUCUCAGACAUCGAGGAUCACGAUUUUCGUUGGCUAUGUCGCGAAGAAACUCUUCCGCCUGUAUUCCUUCGUCAGAAGUUUCCUCUUGCGGGUCUGUGGCAACGGGAUGCGCAGAAGAUUUAA